CUCAUGCAACAACACAUUUGAAAGCAGCAGUGUAGUAUUAGUCUAUCAGCUCGGUCAGGUCACGGGAAAUGUCUUCAUGGUGUAUCGCGGAUAUUCUAGGUGUGAACUUAAUGGCUAUAUGGUCCACCUGUUGACUGUAGUGCUCUGUGCGAUUAAUUGCAGCCUAUCUUCUGUUAGCCGAGCGGAGGAUCUGCGCCAGUGAAUAGUAACGCGUUCUGUCAACAUCAGCGUAACUUAAAGGGUGUGCAAUUUCAGUUGUGAAAUUAUCUGGAUAUCAUCUCCGGGAAGGAAGGACAACGGCGAAUAAACCGCAAUCAAACCUAACACGGACACGGACGGACAUCUAAUUAAAUCCUAAUAAUUCAUCGAUUUUUCACGCGUGUGGAUCUCGGAGGUUGUUGGUGAGGACCGGUGAUUUAAGAUUCUUUAAAAAACAUCUCUGAAGACAAAACCUGGACAUGCUUCGCUGAUAAGUACUGUUGGACUCCGAAGCAGGAGUUUAGAGUCAGUGUGUGCUACGUAGUGGACUUUUAAUCUUUGGAUACGGCUGUUGCGCCAUUAUGCGCGAAGUGUGGAUGAUGCUGUCAAGCCAAUUUACGUUAAGGCUGUGUUUCUAUGGAUCACUGAUGAUGUGUGUUUUGGGGGAGUCUGCGGAGCCCCUCACCUCGGUGAUCCCCUUGCGGACGCUGACGGAGGCAGAGACACGGUUGCCAUGCCGAUACGAUGGCGGGGACAAGGUGGUGCAGGUGAGCUGGAGUCGAGUGAAGGGCGACGCCAACGAGGAGCAGAUCAUCAUGUACCACUUCGAAGAGGGGGUGAAAGAGUUUACCCAGUUUGUGAAUAAGAUGCGCUUCGCGGCGGUUGAGCCCACCGCGGACGCGUCGCUUCUGAUCCUGAGCACGGAGGAGUCGGACGAGACGCUCUACAGCUGCAAGAUCACCACCUACCCCUCAGGGACUACGGAGUCCAAGAUCCAGCUCACCGUCUGGACUCGUCCCAUCUCCAGCCUGGAGCCGGUGGUCAUGGUGGAGGGUCAGUCCUUCCGUCCGGCGGCGCUGUGUCGCUCCGUGGGUCGUCCUCAGCCGCGGGUCACCUGGGACACGGACCUGCCGGGCCAGCCUCAGAACCGCAGCGUGGACGCGCGCACCGUGUCCGGCCAGUUCUCCCUGCACCCGCUCCGCAGCCUCAACGGCCGGCGCCUGGACUGCCUGGUGUGGCACCCCACCUUCACCGCCCCCUUCAGGAUCAGCAAUGUACUGCAGGUGCACUACCCUCCUGACGUGGUAAUCGCUGGCUUCAAAGAGGACUGGCAUGUUGGCAAGGAAGACGCCGAGCUCAAAUGUGUGAGUGGAGGAAAUCCGAAGCCCACUAACUUCACCUGGUCCAGGAAAGGUGAGGUUCUACCUGAGGAGGUGGAACAGACUCCUGAGGGCACGCUGAAGUUUGGCAGGCCUCUCAGCCAAUCAGAUUCUGGGAUCUACCAGUGCACCGCCUCAAACGCUGUGGGCUCCGCCAGGGAUGAGACGGAGGUCACAGUGACAACAGAUAAUUCAGGUCACGUCCCUCAAUUGGGGUCUAUGGACAGUCUUCAGAUGGCCAUCGUCGGCGGCGUUGCCGGGGUGUUGGUGGUCGUCCUGGUAAUUGUUGUCAUAACAGUGAACCAGUACCACAAGCGCAAGAACAAGCGCCUGUCCAUGGAGCUGAACGAGAAGAAGGAUGUAAUCAGCACUCUUUCCAGACAAGCUUCUUUCAGAGGAAUGAACUCAGUCAGCACAGACCACAGAUACCCGAUGGAGGACGUAAUGCCUCUCAGAGUGGAGGGGACUCUACGCAACAGCCUGUCCUCCCUGGACCGUCGUUCUCGGGACAGCCGCUCCACGCUGGGCGGUGGUGGUAUGGGAGUGGACGCUCUGGGCCGGCCCAUCAUCUACAACUCGUCCCGCCGCGGCCGAGAGUCGCGCAUGAGCCGAGAGGAGCGCGAGAGAGAGGAGAGCCGCCACCGCGUCGAGUCCUACGUCAGGAACAGCAGCGCCUCUCUGUUCCACCCUCCGCUGCACCCCUCUCCCAUCGUGAUGGACCAGACCGCUGAGAUCGUGAAGCCCAUGAACGGCAGCGCCAUCUCGCCCUCGGAGGGGAGGCCGCGCUCGGCGCUCAGCGCCCGCGGCGGCAGGAACCACGGGCCGUCUCCGGUCAUCUCCAUGUACCCGCCGCUGACCGACGAAGACGAGGAGGAAGGGGAGGAAGAGGAAGAGGAAGAGGAAGUGAGGCGUUUGACGCAGCAGCAGGAGAGCGGGCCGGCCGAGACCAACGGGCUGGAUCGCCACGGCAGCGAGACCAACAGCUCGCUCAUGUCCGAGACGCUGUCCGGCACGUUCGAGCGGAACAACGGGUCGCUGCGCGUCACGAGCCGCCCCAACGGCGGGUCGCACCUGCCCCCCCCCAUGCCCCUCCUGCAGAGGGCACAGAUCGUCUAGAGGGGGGGGGGGGGGGGGGGGGGGGGUAUGGACACACACGACCCCUCGCCAGGAGGUUUCGGGGUGCCAUUCUGUGGAGAGGGGAGCCGCUUCACUUGACUUUUGGGGUGCCGAGUGGGAACAGGAAUGGUUGCUUUGGGGCUGAGAGAAUGGAGUGGCUUCACACACACACACACACACACACACACUCAGCCUCUCAUGUGUCGUUCUAGAGUUCUCGGCCUAAACGUAUGUGUUACAUCAAGGAAGAAAAAAAGGCUGCACUUUCCAUACAAACGUGUUUAUUGCACGAUAUUUUUUUUUGCGUUGUGCAAUAAACACGUUUGUAUGCAAAGUGCUGCCUUUUUUCUUCUUUGAUGCUUUAGGGCCAAAGCGUGUUGUUUUGUGUCACGCCUCUCUCUCGAUCGAAACACAUUAACUUAUUUUGUUGAUCAGUUUUUUUAUUUUAUACCUUCUGAUGCUUCUGAUGCUUCUGAUGCGGAGGUCCAACAGGGAGCGUUGAGCCAUGAGUCAUGACACACACACAAACACACACACACACAUACACACAGGAAGACUGGACUAUAGUCAUGACACACACACACACACACACACACAGACACACACAUACACACAGGAAGACUGGACCAUAGUCAUGACACACACACAAACACACACACACACAUACACACAGGAAGACUGGACCAUAGUCAUGACACACACACAAACACACACACACACACACACACACACACACACACACACACACACACAUACACACAGGAAGACUGGACCAUAGUCAUGACACACACACACACACACACACACACACAGGAAGACUGGAUUAUAGUCAUGACACACACACACACACACACACACACACACACACACACACACACACACACAUACACACAGGAAGACUGGACUAUAGUCAUGUCACACACACACACACACACACAUACACAAAGGAAGACUGGACCAUAGUCAUGUCACACACACACACACACACACACACAGGAAGACUGGACCAUUGUCAUGUCACACACACACACACACACACACACACACACACACACACAAAAACUGAGGAGGAGAUACUGUUUACAUGAGACAAAAAUAGAGAACGGAUGAAUGAAUGAAUGAAUGAAUGAAUGAAUGCCAGAAAUCAAAAAGAAAGUUAACAAAAGGAAGUUCAGUCUGGGUGGUCAGUGUGGCGAUGGUGCUCAGGGAUGCACUUUGGGUCAUCACCCCACAGAGCCAGCAUAGUGGGCAUCCACCUUAGAGGCGCUGUUACCAUGACAACCUCCUCCAGUCAGAGGCUGAGAGAGGACCUCCACCCAGACACCCACUACACGGUCCCCAUUCUACAUACACACACACACACACUCCCACUACACGGCCCCCAUUCUACAUACACACACACUCCCACUACACGGCCCCCAUUCUACACACACACACACACUCCCACUACACGGCCCCCAUUCUACAUACACACACACACACACACUCCCACUACACGGCCCCCAUUCUACAUACACACACACACACACUCCCACUACACGGUCCCCAUUCUACAUACAUACACACACACUCCCACGGCCCCCAUUCUACAUACACACACACACACACACUCCCACUACACGGUCCCCAUUCUACAUACACACACACACUCCCACUACUGCAUGGUCCCCUCGGAGAACUCACCUCUCUCUCACACACACACACACACACACUCUCUCCCACUACAUGGUCCCCUCGGAGAAUUCAUCAGGAGUUACAGGAUUGACAUUUAGAAUGCCCCCGUUCCACACACACACACAUACAGACGUAAAAAUAGUCUUCACACACUUUGACUCAUCUGUGACAUUUUCCCUCCGUUUUGGACUCUGGACGUGACAGACUUUGACCCCCUCCAGGUGUCUGACCAGACACUCCGCUGGCUUCACACACUCUUACACACACUCUUGCAGAGGUACGAGUGUUCUGACCAGACGUUCCGCGGGCUUCACACACUCUUACACACAUUCUCGCAGAGGUACGAGUGUUCUGCCCAAAGGAGGACGAGGCUUCACACACUCUCACAGAGGUACGAGUGUUCGGCCCAAAGGAGGACGAGGCUUCUCAAUAAGCAAGUGUUCAUAUUUCUGUGCCAUUAUUCUGUACAGUAGGAGACUCUGGGCAUCCCCACUGCUGGAAGAGACCAGAGGGACUCAAGUGCCCUGUCUGGACAUCUGGACUUGUGUGGACAAUCACCAGCCAUGUAGCCUAUAGACAACACAUUUAUUAUUUUUUUCCUAUAUGUUACACUAAUGUGUAUGAGACAGAUUUUUGUAUUUGUGUGUGUGUGUGUGUGCGUGCGUGCGUGCAUAAUGUAAACAUAUUUGUCUCUUCCUGUCACCUCUGGUAUAGUGACAGUGGUUAAGUGUUACGUUACUGUGUAUAGUGCACAGGUCUCAUCACAUGCGUAUACGUCUGGGUGUGUGUGUGUGUGUGUGUACUGUGUAUAGGACACAGGUCUCAUCACAUGCGUAUAAGUCUGGGUGUGUGUGUGUACUGUGUAUAGGACACAGGUCUCAUCACAUGCGUGUAAGUCUGUGUGUGUGUGUGUGUGUGUGUGUGUACUGUGUAGAGGACACAGGUCUCAUCACAUGCAUAUAAGUCUGGGUAUGUGUGUGUGUGUGUGUGUGUGUGUUUGUGUGUGUACUGUGUAUAGAACACAGGUCUCGUCACAUGAGUAUGAGUCUGGGUGUGUGUGUGUCUACUGUGACGAAUGUGAACUGCCAACAUGUUUUCCUACUUUGCUACUGAGUAUUAUGUUAUUUUUUGUACUCAUUUGAAUGUGUGUUUAUUCAUGUUAUAUCAGUCAAAGGAGGGUUACAUAUGAACUUUCUUGUUUUUGAUUAAUAUGUAUGUACACUUGUGCUGUAUAUAUAUGCCCCGUUAUGCUGCAUGUAUGUACAGGUAUGUAUGAUGUACAGGUGGACUGUGAUGGACUUUUAUAUCACACACACACACACACACACACACACACACACACACACUCACACAGCUGCCUAACAUGUUCACAGUCAGCGCAGCGGUUCCUUGUGAGAUGGCGGCGU